GUCGGAAUACGGGUGGGAUAAAGCUCAUAACCAUCUACUGGCUGUGGUGUGGGUACAGGAGAGGAUCGGUUCGUUCUAAACGUUUAAUAGAACCAUCAGUAUUAAAGGACCAGGAUGGCAUCAGCUCCUGCCCAGCAACCCACUCUCACUAUAGAGCAAACCAGAGUGGUCCUGAGCGAGGUGAUCCAGGCCUUCUCUGUACCGGAGAACGCGGCGCGGAUGGAGGAGGCGCGGGAGAGUACCUGUAACGACAUGGGAAAGAUGCUGCAGCUGGUCCUGCCCGUCGCUACGCAGAUCCAGCAGGAGGUCAUCAAGUCCUACGGCUUCAACAACGAAGGGGAAGGUGUGUUGAAGUUUGCCCGGGUGGUGAAGAUGUACGAGUCUCAGGAUCCAGAAAUCGCCGCCAUGUCGCUCAAACUCAAAUCUCUCCUGCUGCCACCACUCUCGACCCCUCCCAUCGGUGGAGGAAUACCUGCGUCCUAAACCCCGCUCAGACACAUCGCCGUCUACGUCUCGUCUACCAGCCAUCAUACAGCGCGUUUACUAAAAGAUGCACAGACGCCCCCUCUCCCUAAGAUGACCUUUCAUUCAUUUGUACUGUCCAAGAACUACAACACGUUCCAGAUUUCUUUCAUUUUUAUUCCUACGUGUUCAUGAGUUUGAAUCUCAGCUCUGCUCAACGAUCGGCUCGUGUGAGGGAGGGGAUUCUUCAUAACUGCUGCAGUCACGCCCUCUGCUGGCUGAUCGAUGGUGCUGCACAGAGACGGGGGUUAUUGGAGAUCAGUGCGUGUGCGCGAUACGGAUCUUCCUGUAUGAGAAGAAGCGGUCAUUACUGCACGUUUCGGUCAGGAGUGGAGGUCUGCAGCAGUAGAGGGGAAACACCAUCAGGGCAUCGGAUACGACUAAAUUGGGAGGAAAAUUGAGGGGAAAUUGAUUCAUUUUCUUAUCUACUUGUCCAAUUAUGGUCGGGGGGACGGGUGCUGGAACCCGUCCCAGCUUUUCAAUGGGCGCAAGACACACGGUAACAGAAAGGACCCGGACCUCCACGCCUUGGGGGUCGAACCAAGGAUUUUUUUGCUGUGAGGCGACAGUGCUACCCACCGAACCGCCCGAGGGGAGAUUGUAUUUUAUAAAAAGUUUAAAUCCACUUAUGGAUCUUUUUUGUCUGUAAAUGUUUUUGUUUAUUAUUAUUAAUAAUAAUAAUAUUAAUGAUAAAAAUGUGUGACCAUCCA